GAAAGUAGAAAAACUGGAAAUAUUCAGAUUUUGCAACUGAAGAAAACAGCAAAAAAAAUUGUAUAAAAGGAACAUUAAAUAUAACCAUUAAAGCAGAAAAAUGAGUCUCAUAAAAGAGCGUAAGCCAAAGAAACCUCAUUAUAUCCCAAGACCUCCUGGAAAGCCCUUUAAAUAUAAGUGUUUUCAGUGCCCCUUUACUUGCAAUGAGAAAUCCCACCUUUUUAACCAUAUGAAGUAUGGUCUCUGCAAAAACUCAAUUACUUUAGUAUCAGAGCAGGAUAGAGUUAUGAAGUGUCCAAAGUCCAGUUCACUGGAGCCCAAACAGAUCAACCAGAUAGAACCUACAGCAAAAUCAGCUUUUUCUAAAUCUAUAACAAAUGGUCUAUCAAGUCUGGAUUCUAAGCCUCAAUAUACUUUUGCAAAAGAUGACGCCAAGGAAAAUGUAGAAUUACAAAGUAAGACAACAAAUAAAUCAGGUCAAGGACAAAAGCCUGUAAUUCAGAAGGAAUUAACUCCUGCCAGUACUUCAGUAGAAAGUGUAAUCAACAUGCAGCCUGUUUUGGAUGGCAUUAUAAGGCCCUCAGCUUUCAUCCCUGUAGGAGAGCACAGACAUAGCAAAGGCCCAGAAACUGAGGUAGCUGAAAUGAUAUCCCUGUCUAAUUCAAACAACAAAGGCUUGCCUUUUCACGCAAAGUCUGCAUUUCAUGCUCCAAACCACCCAUGGAAAACAGGUUCUCCGUUCCUCCCUUCAGAGUUUCCACAUAAAGUUCCUCCCACAAAAGGUUUUGGUCCCAUUCCACCUUAUAUGCAUCCAAUGAUUCCAGACUAUUCAUCCCCUUGUUAUGACCAUGGGCUGGCUAUUUAUGCACCUUACUUGCUUCCAAGUAACUCAGAGUGUGAAAACUCUGUGCUGUCUGUCUAUGGAACCCAAGAUCAAAGACAUUUUCUUCCCCAUCCUGGGCCACUCCCAAAGCCAAUAAACCCAUCAUCAUAUGAGCACUACCAAUUACUCCCACAGUACCAUUCCAGUCCCCCAAUGCCAUAUGGAUUUUGCAGACCAACAGAUCUUCCAUUUUAUAGAUUUCCACGUGUAGCUGGUAUUAGUAGAGAUCCAAGUUCUGAUCUAAUGGAAGAAUCUACUUUGCUGUACCCAACUUCAAGUCCAUCACAAUACCAAUUAAGCUCCCAGAAAAAGCAGACUGAUUAUGAAAAAGAAAUUCCACUGCUGCAUGCUAAAAACCAUUCAAAAGAAGAUCCAAAUGAAAGAGAGAAUGCCAAAAUGAGCCCCCGUGCAGGGAGCGCAGCAACAGGCUCACCUGGUAGACCCAGCCCAACUAACUUCACUCAGACCAGCCAUGUUUGUGAAGGUCUGUUUGACCUCUGUAAUAAAUCGUCUUCCACAGUAACUGGCAAAUAUGACCAACUGGAAGAAAAUUUCUCAGCCUUCAGACUUGCGAGGAAAAGCACAGAUCAAUCACCUCUCCUCCAAAAUGUGCAGAACCAGCAAGAUAGAGGAGAUUCAUCUACCAGUGUUCACGUCGCUGAAGAAGAUACACAUAUUCAGACAGAAAGUCAAGCAAAGAGUGAGGCCUCCUUGUCCAACACAGAGGAAGAUACAGGGAUAACGCCACUUAAUCUCUCAAAGAAGCCUGACACGCACACAGGAGUUGUUCAUGAACACUUGUACAAAAAUGCUUCCAAAAUGGAAAUUCAGAAUUUUACUGAAUUACAAGACAUGCCUCUGAACCUCUCAGUGAAAGAUUCCUGCAACACCGUCAGCCUGAAAACUUCAUUUCAGAGUUUGCCACAUGAUGCUGGAACUGCCACUACUCCAAAUAAUGAAAAUGAAAAAUCUGAAGAUGUAUACAACACAAAGAAUUCUAACAGUGCCUUUGACAAGUCUUCCUACAUGGCACAGAGUACUGAAGUCCAAGAUUUAAGAGUAAUUGACAAUUCUGAUGAACAAAAACAAACUGCAGCUGUUGCUCUUUGUCAGCUAGCUGCAUAUAGUCCCAGUAAAGUAAGAAAGGACAAUGAAGAGCAAAAUUCUCAAGACUGUAGUAGUCCACGUACAGAGCCUACCCUCAUUUCUUCAGAUACUCAGGGUAAUCACCACAAUCACAAAGCAAAAGGACAAAAAAGGACAAAUCAAAAAGAAUCAGCAAAAUCACAGCAAGGGUCUAAAAGAGUAAGACCCAAUGACUGCAGCAGAGUGUUUACUCUUAGAAAGAGAACACGAGUAUCCUAAUAUUAUUUCACUUGCUAAUGUAUUUCCUUUUACAUCAUGGAGAAACUGUCUGCUAGCUUACACAGUUUCUCCACACCAACAUUUUUUGUUGGUUUGAUUGAUGUUUUUGUUUGGGUCAUAAGAAGUUAUGUAAAAACUAGCAUGUAAAUAGAAUAUGUUUAUAAUUUUGUACUAAUGUUUUUAAGUAAAUGAAAUGUCCUAUGUGUAAACCUUGUAUUUUAAUGAGUAACCUUUGGUUAGCUUAAGUUAUGAAUGCCAAAGUACAUGAGACAGAUGUUUAAUAUUCUUGGGAACUGCAGUAUGGAAACUCUUUUACAUCUGAUUUUAUUACAAGACUUAUAAACUUAAGGAAUAAUAUACUGAUCAUGUACUGUCAUACCAUUUUAACUUAAUUUUGUUUAAUGGGUCUUUUUUUUGGUUCUUAACAAAUAAUUUUUAAUUGUACAGAAGUUUAAAUUCAGCUUAAAAUUCCACUUGCUUAUUUAGACCUUAGUGUUAAAACGGUUUUGAAUGUGAAUACACCACAAUGGUUGUACUGAAGAAAUGUAAGGUCUUGGGUACGCACAAGCUCAUAUCAAGUUAAUUAAACCAAUUUCAUUAAAAUUGUUCAAAUCCCUGCAUAAGCACUUUUCUCUCAACUGGAAAGGCUUACUUUGGUUUAAAUUAAACCUGUUCUACAUCAAAUUAGUCCUUCAGAAAAACACAGACAUACAAAGGCCCAGAAACUCUCUCAGUUGGCUAAGAAUAGGUUUAAAUUUAAACCAAAAUAAGCCUCUCAAAUUGAAAUAGAAGUGCUCACACAGGGCUUGCAACAGUUUAACUCAAUCCGUUUAAAUGUAAAGCUUGAAUUAAACCAGCACAACUCUAUGUGCAGAUGACCCCUAACAUUGAGGUUUUCCAAAAAGUUUAGGUGUCCAAAUUCCACUGAAGUUCAAUGGGAUUUGGGCACUGAACACUCAGACUCCUUUGGAAAUCCCAUUCUAAACGCAUAUUUAUGCCAAUUUAUUUCAUUUGAGGAAAUACUGCUGGUGAAGGUUUCAAUUUCAGUAAAUGUAUAUUACAAAUUAUGGAACUUAAUAUGCUUUUGCAGACAAACUCUUUUCUAAUUCUAUAAUUGUAUACAAGAAUGUCUCAUUUUUCAAAUAAAGUAAAUUCAUUGUACUUU